AUGAUAAUAUCGAUAUAUAAUGAAAAGUAUCGAAAAGAUAUCGAAAAGUAUCGAAAAGAUAUCGAAAAGUAUCGAAAAGAUAUCGAAAAGUAUCGAAAAGAUAUCGAAAAGUAUCGAAAGGAUAUCGAAAAGUAUCGAAAAGAUAUCGAAAAGUAUCGAAAAGAUAUCGAAAAAAAAGAUAUCGAAAAGUACAGAAAAGAUAUCGAAAAGUACAGAAAAGAUAUCGAAAAGUACCGAAAAGAUAUCGAAAAGUACCGAAAAGAUAUCGAAAAGUACCGAAAAGAUAUCGAAAAGUACCGAAAAGAUAUCGAAAAGUACCGAAAAGAUAACGAAAAGUACCGAAAAGAUUUCGAAAAGUACCGAAAAGAUAUCGAAAAGUACCGAAAAGAUAUCGAAAAGUACCGAAAAUAUAUCGAAAAGUACCGAAAAGAUAUCGAAAAGUACCGAAAAGAUAUCGACAAGUACCGAAAAGAUAUCGACAAGUACCGAAAAGAUAUCGACAAGUACCGAAAAGAUAUCGAAAAGUACCGAAAAGAUAUCGAAAAGUAUCGUAAAGAUAUCGAAAAGUAUCGAAAAGACAACGAAAAGUAUCGAUAUAUCGAUAAGUAUCGAUAUAUCGAUAAGUAUCGAUAUAUCGAUAAGUAUCCAUAUAUCAAUAAGUAUCCAUAUAUCGAUAUAUCGAUAAUAUCGAUAUAUAAUGAUAAGUAUCGAUAUAUAAUGAAAAGUAUCGAAAAGAUAUCGAAAAGUAUCGAAAAGAUAUCGAAAAGUAUCGAAAAGAUAUCGAAAAGUAUCGAAAAGAUAUCGAAAAGUAUCGAAAAGAUCGAAGAAAAGAUAUCGAAAAUAUCGAUAUAUAAUGAAAAGUAUCGAUAUAAUGAAAAGUAUCGAAAAGAUAUCGAAAAGUAUCGAAAAGAUAUCGAAAAGUAUCGAAAAGAUAUCAAAAAGUAUCGAAAAGAUAUCGAAAAGUAUCGAAAAGAUAUCGAAAAGUAUCGAAAAGAUAUCGAAAAGUAUCGAUAUAUCGAUAAGUAUCGAUAUAUCGAAAAGUAUCGAUAUAUCGAAAAUAUCGAUAUAUCGAUAAGUAUCGAUAUAUCGAUAAGUAUCGAUAUAUCGAUAAGUAUCAAUAUAUCGAUAAGUAUAGAUAUAUCGAAAAGUAUCGAUAUAUCGAAAAAUAUCGAAAAGUACCGAAAAGAUAUCCAAAAGUACCGAAAAGAUAUCGAAAAGUACCGAAAAGAUAUCGAAAAGUACCGAAAAGAUAUCGAAAAGUAUCGAAAAGAUAUCGAAAAGUAUCGAAAAGAUAUCGAAGAGUAUCGAAAAGAUAUCGAAAAGUAUCUAUAUAUAAUGAAAAAUAUCGAUAAGUAUCGAAAAGAUAUUGAUAAGUAUCGAAAAGAUAUCGAUAAGUAUCGAAAAGAUGUCGAAAAGUAUCGAAAAGACAUCGAAAAGUAUCGAAAAGAUAUCGAAAAGAUAUCGAAAAGUAUCGAAAAGAUAUCGAAAAGUAACGAAAAGAUAUCGAAAAGUAUCUAUAUAUAUCGAAAAAUCGAUAAGUAUCGAUAUAUCGAAAAGUACCGAUAUAUCGAAAAGUACCGAUAUAUCGAUAAGUACCGAUAUAUCGAAAAGUACCGAUAUAUCGAUAAGUACCGAUAUAUCGAAAAGUACCGAUAUAUCGAAAAGUACCGAUAUAUCGAAAAGUACCGAUAUAUCGAAAAGUACCGAUAUAUCGAAAAGUACCGAUAUAUCGAUAAGUACCGAUAUAUCGAAAAGCACCGAUAUAUCGAUAAGUACCGAUAUAUCGAUAAGUACCGAUAUUUCGAAAAGUACCGAUAUAUCGAUAAGUACCGAUAUAUCGAUAAGUACCGAUAUAUCGAAAAGUGCCGCUAUAUCGAAAAGUAUCGAUAUAUCGAAAAUACCGAUAUAUCGAAAAGUACCGGUAUAUCGAAAAGUACCGAUAUAUCGAUAAGUACCGAUAUAUCGAAAAGUACCGAUAUAUCGAAAAGUACCGAUAUGUCGAAAAGUACCGAUAUAUCGAAAAGUACCGAUAUAUCGAAAAGUACCGAUAUGUCGAUAAGUACCGAUAUAUCGAUAAGUACCGAUAUACCGAAAAGUACCGAUAUAUCGAAAAGUACCGAUAUAUCGAUAAGUACCGAUAAAUCGAUAAGUGCCGAUAUAUCGAUAAGUACCGAUAUAUCGAUAAAUAUCGAUAAGUACCGAAAAGAUAUCGAUAAGUACCGAAAAGAUAUCGAAAAGUACCGAGAAGAUAUCGAAAAGUACCGAAAAGAUAUCGAAAAGUAUCGAAAAGAUAUCGAAAAGUAUCGAAAAGAUAUCGAAAAGUAUCGAUAUAUAUCGAAAAGUAUCGAUAAAUAUCGAAAAUACCGAAAAGAUAUAGAUAAGUAUCGAAAAGAUAUCGAUGAGUAUCGAAAAGAUAUAGAUAAGUACCGGAAAGAUAUCGAAAAGUACCGAAAAGAUAUCGAAAACUACCGGAAAGAUAUCGAAAAGUACCGAAAAGAUAUCGAAAAGUACCGAAAAGAUAUCGAAAAGUACCGAAAAGAUAUCGAAAAGUACCGAAAAGAUAUCGAAAAGUACCGAAACGAUAUCGAAAAGUACCGAAAAGAUUUCGAAAAGUACCGAAAAGAUUUCGAAAAGUACCGAAAAGAUUUCGAAAAGUAUCGAAAAGAUAUCGAAAAGUAUCGAAAAGGUAUAGAUAAGUAUCGAAAAGAUAUCGAUAAGUAUCGAAAAGAUAUAGAUAAGUAUCGAAAAGAUAUCGAUAAGUAUCGAAAAGAUAUCGAAAAGUAUCGAAAAGAUAUCGAAAAGUAUCUAUAUAUAUCGAAAAGUAUCUAUAUAUAUCGAAAAGUAUCUAUAUAUAUCGAAAAGUAUCUAUAUAUAUCGAAAAGUAUCUAUAUAUAUCGAAAAGUAUCUAUAUAUAAUGAAAAGUAUCGAUAUAUAAUUAAAAUAUCGAUAUAUAAGUACCGAAAAGAUAUCGAAAAGUACCGAAAAGAUAUCGAAAAGUACCGAAAAGAUAUCGAAAAGUACCGAAAAGAUAUCGAAAAGUAUCGAAAAGAUAUCGAAAAAUAUCGAAAAGUACCGAAAAGAUAUCGAAAAGUACCGAAAAGAUAUCGAAAAGUACCGAAAAGAUUUCGAAAAGUACCGAAAAGAUAUCGAAAAGUACCGAAAAGAUAUCGAAAAGUACCGAAAAGAUAUCGAAAAGUACCGAAAAGUACCGAAAAGUACCGAAAAGAUAUCGAAAAGUACCGAAAAGAUAUCGAAAAGUACCGAAAAGAUAUCGACAAGUACCGAAAAGAUAUCGACAAGUACCGAAAAGAUAUCGACAAGUACCGAAAAGAUAUCGACAAGUACCGAAAAGAUAUCGACAAGUACCGAAAAGAUAUCAACAAGUACCGAAAAGAUAUCGAAAAGUACCGAAAAGAUAUCGAAAAGUAUCGAAAAGAUAUCGAAAAGUAUCGAAAAGAUAUCGAAAAGUAUCGUAGAGAUAUCGAAAAGUAUCGAAAAGAUAUCGAAAAGUAUCGAUAUAUCGAUAAGUAUCUAUAUAUCGAAAAGUAUCGAUAUAUCGAAAAUAUCGAUAUAUCGAAAAGUAUCGAUAUAUCGAUAAGUAUCGAUAAGAUAUCGAAAAGUACCGAUAAGAUAUCGAAAAGUAUCGAUAUAUAUCGAAUAGUAAUGAUAUAUAUCGAAAAGUAUCGUUAUAUAUCGAAAAUAUCGAUAUAUAAUAAAAAGUAUCGAAAAGAUAUCGAAAAGUAUCGAAAAGAUAUCGAAAAGUAUCGAAAAGAUAUCGAAAAGUAUCGAAAAGAUAUCGAAAAGUAUCGAAAAGAUAUCGAAAAAAAAGAUAUCGAAAAGUACAGAAAAGAUAUCGAAAAGUACAGAAAAGAUAUCGAAAAGUACAGAAAAGAUAUCGAAAAGUACCGAAAAGAUAUCGAAAAGUACCGAAAAGAUAUCGAAAAGUACCGAAAAGAUAUCGAAAAGUACCGAAAAGAUAUCGAAAAGUACCGAAAAGAUAACGAAAAGUACCGAAAAGAUUUCGAAAAGUACCGAAAAGAUAUCGAAAAGUACCGAAAAGAUAUCGAAAAGUACCGAAAAUAUAUCGAAAAGUACCGAAAAGAUAUCGAAAAGUACCGAAAAGAUAUCGACAAGUACCGAAAAGAUAUCGACAAGUACCGAAAAGAUAUCGACAAGUACCGAAAAGAUAUCGAAAAGUACCGAAAAGAUAUCGAAAAGUAUCGUAAAGAUAUCGAAAAGUAUCGAAAAGACAACGAAAAGUAUCGAUAUAUCGAUAAGUAUCGAUAUAUCGAUAAGUAUCGAUAUAUCGAUAAGUAUCCAUAUAUCAAUAAGUAUCCAUAUAUCGAUAUAUCGAUAAGUAUCGAUAUAUCGAUAAUAUCGAUAUAUAAUGAUAAGUAUCGAUAUAUAAUGAAAAGUAUCGAAAAGAUAUCGAAAAGUAUCGAAAAGAUAUCGAAAAGUAUCGAAAAGAUAUCGAAAAGUAUCGAAAAGAUCGAAGAAAAGAUAUCGAAAAUAUCGAUAUAUAAUGAAAAGUAUCGAUAUAAUGAAAAGUAUCGAAAAGAUAUCGAAAAGUAUCGAAAAGAUAUCGAAAAGUAUCGAAAAGAUAUCAAAAAGUAUCGAAAAGACAUCGAAAAGUAUCGAAAAGAUAUCGAAAAGUAUCGAAAAGAUAUCGAAAAUAUCGAUAUAACGAUAAGUAUCGAUAUAUCGAUAAGUAUCGAUAUAUCGAUAAGUAUCGAUAUAUCGAUAAGUAUCGAUAUAUCGAUAAGUAUCGAUAUAUCGAUAAGUAUCAAUAUAUCGAUAAAUAUCGAAAAGUACCGAAAAGAUAUCCAAAAGUACCGAAAAGAUAUCGAAAAGUACCGAAAAGAUAUCGAAAAGUACCGAAAAGAUAUCGAAAAGUACCGAAAAGAUAUCGAAAAGUAUCGAAAAGAUAUCGAAAAGUAUCGAAAAGAUAUCGAAAAGUAUCGAAAAGAUAUCGAAAAGUAUCUAUAUAUAAUGAAAAAUAUCGAUAAGUAUCGAAAAGAUAUUGAUAAGUAUCGAAAAGAUAUCGAUAAGUAUCGAAAAGAUGUCGAAAAGUAUCGAAAAGAUAUCGAUAAGUAUCGAAAAGAUGUCGAAAAGUAUCGAAAAGACAUCGAAAAGUAUCGAAAAGAUAUCGAAAAGAUAUCGAAAAGUAUCGAAAAGAUAUCGAAAAGUAACGAAAAGAUAUCGAAAAGUAUCUAUAUAUAUCGAAAAGUAUCUAUAUAUAAUGAGAAGUAUCGAUAUAUAAUUAAAAGUAUCGAUAUAUAA